GUUACGCUCAGAUUCCGAUCUGAGAGUCGAAAACGAGGAGAAGAAGAAGAAGAAGACGAAGAAUACGUCCUGGAAAGUUCACAUGCCGACCCGGAUGGGCUGAAAGAUGCCAGGUAACCCCUGCCUGUGGACGCCGCUCCCUCAGAGCAGCCCCUGUCCGUGUGACCGCUACAAGCACGCCUGCUGCAGCUACGACGGGGACGUCUACGUCCUGGGGGGAAGAGACAACAGCUGCCUGGGAGACUUCUGGAAGUACAGCGUUGUGUUGGAUGAAUGGACCAGGCUGAGCUGCUCAGGCAAAGCUGCACCAGAGGAGCUGGAGCAGCACUCUAUGGUGGCUCAUAAGGGUUUCCUGUAUGUGUUUGGAGGCAUGUGGGAUUCUGCAUACACUGGGCGGCGAUGCCCCCUGUGGGUGUUUGAUGUCGUAAAUCAGAAGUGGGUUUCCUGCCAGGGGAAGACCAGCUCCCCUCAGAGCCAAAGGCCGAGCAACCGGAAAGGCCACAGCGCCGUGGUGCUCGGCUCUGCCAUGCUCGUCUACGGAGGCUUCAUGGACAUAAAGGGAUCCCUGCAGGAGUUCUGGAGUUUAAACCUCAAUACGACGGCUUGGUCUGGCCUGAGCGGUUCUGAUCGGGGAGCGUCCGUUCCUGGGCCCAGACACAAUCACUCCGCCGUGGCCUACCAGAACUGCAUGUUCCUGUUCGGAGGCCUGAAGGGUCUGCGGGAGCAGAGGGACUUCUGGAGCUGGAACAGCACCAAUCACACAUGGACCUGCCUCAAGCCGGGCCCCCCUCGGCUGAUGGGCCACGCCGCCGUGACCUACAGGGACAGCAUGCUGCUGUUCGGAGGCGGUGAAAGCCAGAGCUCCCCCAGCAGGAGCCUGUGGAGGUACAGCUUCUCCUCCCACACCUGGAGCCAGGUGGCCUCGCUGCCAGACUCCGACGCUCCGAACCGGAUUCACCACUGCUGCGCCGGACUCGGCCGCAGCUACGAGCCCGACGCCGGCGGCUCCGGAUCAGCCCUGCAGCCGACGCCGCAGGAAGCCAAACCCAGACAUUUCAAAAACAAGUGCUUCCCCGUCUCCCGCUCGGACAUAGAGAUGAAGACAUUCAGCAAAAUGUCUUCAGACGUGGACGCACAGAGCGACAGUCAGCCUGACCCCCAGCUGACGGAGAACAGCUUGACGUUUGAGAAUAAAGCCUUCAGGAGGCAGUGGAGCUGCGCCGACGAGCUGCUGCUCGACCAGGAGGACGGAGACAUCUUAAAGAACCUGCCUGACACGCUGCUGGUGCUGGGAGGGCGACCGCACAGCAGAUACAGCCCCAUCUGCGUCUGGAGCAUGACCCUGACCGAGUCCUAACAGCCACCGAGCCUUUACUGACACAGAACAAUGCCAAAUAGUAACAAGUAUUUUAGAUUAUAAUACGAAAGACGGAGGUAAAUUUGACAAAGACCAGCGGCUGGGCUUCUGAAGAUUUCACAGAGCAUUCCUCUAUUCUAAUGAGGUUCGUUUGGCAGGAGCUCACACUGCAAAAAUCACAAAGUAUUAACAAGUAUUGCUGUUUAGUUUUUACUACAAAACUUAUUUAUCCACCAGAAACUUUUCAGUAAGAUAAAGGAGCUUGUUUUAAGUCUAAUUUCUUAACGCUGAUGAAACAUUAGUAGUUCUACUGGCAGGUAGUUUCACUUAAAACAAUAUUUCUUUUCCAUAUUAUAAGUAAAAUAGUCCACCAGUGGAAGUAGUACUUUAGUACUAGUAAAAUGAAGUCAUGUUACUAGUAUAAAGUUGUAAUAUUAAUCAAGUUAAUAUAAACAUAAUGCAGCCACCAACUGUGGAAACAGUAACAUCACAUUUUGUCAAGUUUCAUUAAAAUCAUCGACACAUCAGAUAUGUUCCAGUUAUUAAUGUUCAAAAGCAACUCUAAACAGGUGGGUUUAUUAUUACUUUUGUUUUAUUUUCUUAUCGUUGCCCUGAUUGUUUGUUGUAACUGAAAUAUUUUCACCAGGAACUAGACAAAAAUACUUUGUAAGAUUUUGUGUUUUUGCAGUGAACCAGUGUUUUUCUGUCUAAUCUCUGUUCACCUCUGUUACUGACAACCUGUACAUAAAAGUUUAUAAAAACAGUUUUAUAUCAUC